CCGGAUUCGAGGCGUUUAGAGGCAGCGCCUCAAGUGCUAAGGCUCCGGGAAUCCGAAAAUGUCUGACGAGCAGGUGCCUGAAUCCAUGGACAGCCGAAGGGGUAGGAGACUAGAGGAAAUUUCGAGCAGGACCAGAGUUGGAAUGACUAAGAAGAUGCUCCAGGUGAAGGGCCCCCGGGAGAAUACGACGGAGGCUCGGAUGACUUCAAGUAUGGAAUCCCACCAGAAAAGGCGAAAGGAUUUGCCAGAGGUUCUGCAGAUGAGGAUCACAAGGAGUCGAUCAAAUACAGAAACAUCAAGGGAAAAUGAGCGAGGUAGAGAGCAGCCCAAGGUCCGUGAUUUCAACCUGAGGAAGCAGGAAAGGAAAAUAUAUACUGAGGACUAUGAACCCGAGGAAGACGACUAUUUGUUCUGUGAGGAGUGCCAGUUACAUUUCCUGGAAAAAUGUUCAGUGCACGGCCCCCCCAUAUUUAUCAAAGACUCUGCGGCCGAAAGGUAUCAAAUAAAUCGUUCUUUGGUCACCUUACCCCCCGGGCUGCAGAUCAAGACGUCCGGCAUCCCCAAUGCCGGGCUUGGCGUGUGGAAUCAAGCCACAACCUUGUCUCGGGGGCUGCACUUCGGGCCAUACAUGGGAACAAAGACAUACAGUGAGAAGGAGUCCUACAGCGGAUACGCUUGGAUGAUCGUCAGAGGCAAAAACUAUGAGUACGUGGAUGGGAAGAACACAUCUUUUUCCAACUGGAUGAGGUAUGUGAAUUGUGCUCGGAAUGACGAAGAGCAGAAUUUAAUGGCGAUUCAGUUCCGCGGAGAGAUCUACUAUCGUACCCGCCGUGUGAUUCCACCUGGUCAAGAGUUGCUGGUGUGGUACGGGGAAGAAUAUGGCCGUAAUCUGGGACUCCUCCCAUACAAUCAGAACCCGGAGCCAGGGCCAAGGCCUCAUUUUUCUGGAAGUUCUUUCGCACCAUCAUCGAGAGGUAGCGUAGUCAAGCCGCGUGUCCGGAGCAGGCGUCCCUCGGCUGCCCUCCGGACUACCAGAAAAAGGCGAAGCUCCGCCCGUGACUUCCCGCCGACACACGAGGACACUGCGGCUCGCCAAGAUGAACGGCAGGAUCCAGAUCGUAGCCGGGUGAAGCAGGGAGGACUCAGAAAAAGUGAACGGAUAGAGAGGGCCAAGGCUUUGGGAGGAGAGAAAGCUUUGGGGAGAUUGCCCCCCGCACGCCAGGGAGGACUCUCGGAUGAAACAGAGAAAGAGAGAAAGGAGAGUGAGCAAGAGCAAGUCAGGCAGGCGUCGGGUCUGAGCGAGGCCCAGGAGGGGUGUGCAGAAAGGAGCGCCUCUCCGCGGAGGCACUGCUGCGAUGUCUGCCACAAGACUUUCAAGCAUUUAACUCACGUGAGGCAACACAAGAGGAUACACACCGGGGAGAAGACAUUGGUGUGCAAAGUUUGUAAGAGAGCGUUUAGCGACCCAUCCAACCUGAAUAGGCACUUCCGGAUACACACAGGGGUGAGGCCAUACGUUUGCUCACUGUGUGGGAAAGCUUUUGGUGACCCAUCCAACUUGAGGAGGCACGCUUUUACCCAUAGUGGGGAGAAGCCAUUUUUGUGCACGGACUGUGGGAAGAAAUUCUGCCGAAAGGAUCAUCUGAAUGAACAUCGCGCGAAACACGCAGGAGACAAGACUCCAAAUACACAGGCAACAGGCAAUUUGAGUGCCGCCAUUAUGGAAAAGAGCUUCUGGUGCAUAUCAACCAAAAACUACCAAAUACACAAGGAAGUGACCAUCUACAUUAAGAACUAAGCUAAAUAACCCUGACUAUUAUUCUUGCCUUAUGGGAACCAGAGAAAAAGGUUAAUAAAGAGAA